UUUUCCUUUUUUCCUCUGUCUAAAGAGGCAGGGAAAGAGACUUUUCAGCUGUUGUUUUUCAAUACUAUUGCACCAGAGUUAAGAACAGCCAUUGUGAUUUGUAUGCAGGGUUUCUUACCAAUAAGAUUGUGGAUAAAUGGUACUACCUUCUUUCACUGCAGUGUCUGGAGAAUAAACACUCCAGCUACAGUCUCCCGGGAGGACUCCGUUUUGACCAGUUAGCGUGACCACAGCUUUUUUUUUCCCAGAGGAAAGACCGAUCUUAUUCACCAGACUCAAGUCUCCUACUACUGCUGGUAUAUUUUUGAUGAAAGCCUCAUUAAUAGGAGUGCUGAAAGAACACCUCCAGAGCAGACUUCAUUUCCACGACUCUGCGAUGACAUCAUUCCUGCUGUGGACUUUCUGUUUCUCCCUCUUCCUGCUGAUUAGCCUGUCCAAUCAGCUGGAAGACAACAAGAUCCCCAGCCUGUGUUCUGGGCAGCCCGGUAUCCCGGGAGCCCCUGGGGCACAUGGUAGUCCUGGCCAGCCAGGGAGGGAUGGGAGAGAUGGGAGAGAUGCCAUGCCUGCAGAGAAGGGUGAAAAGGGGUUGAGGGGAGAACCAGGAGUACCAGGGGAGCGGGGCUACAGUGGGGACAGAGGGAUGCCUGGGGAGAAGGGAGAGCGGGGCCCGCCAGGGGAGUGUGCUGUGGCCCCCAAGUCCGCCUUCAGUGCCAAGCUGAUGGACAACCGCAGCACUCCCCUGGUGGUGGUGGACAGCGCAGUGCCCUUUGGCACUGUGCUGCUGAACGAGCAGGGUGACUACAGUCCGGAGACUGGCCGCUUCACCUGCAGGGUGCCGGGUGUCUACUACUUCGCCGUGCAUGCCACCGUCUACCGCGCCAGCCUCCAGUUCGACCUAGUGAAGAAUGGUCACGUGGUGGCCUCCUACUUCCAGUUCUACGGAAACUGGCCCAAGCCAGCCUCUCUCUCGGGGGGGUCCCUGUUGCACCUGGUGCCAGGGGACCAGGUAUGGGUGCAGAUAGCGCUAGGCGAGUACAGCGGCUUCUACUCCAGCACCAAGACAGACAGCACCUUCAGUGGCUUCCUGGUGUACUCAGACUGGAAGAACUCUGCUGUUUUUGCAUAGGUGCUGUAUAUAAUCUCAAAUGCGCGUGCCAUGGAGAGGUGGCCUGGUUGUGGAUUUUGUCUUGUAGACAGAUGGUUUGAAAGGUUGGAAUCCAAGUUUUGACACUGCUUUGGUACCACAUGUUUGAACAAGGUCCUUAGCCUGAAUGACUCCAGGGAAAA